AAAUAAAACAGAAGCCCAAGAGAAAGAUGAAUGCUUUCGCCUUCCAUUGACACCUAGUGUGACCUAUAAAGUAUGACUAGUGGGCGGAGAAAGACAGAGCAAGAGGGAGGAAGUCGUGAGGAAGCGCUAAAGUGAAUGCAGCAUUUGGUUUCUCACCACAGUCAGCCUGCCACAGAGUUUGUAUCGUCUCACCUUGCCUCUUAAGAGGGAAGCCGGCAGUGGUGUAGCAAGAGGAAAUGAACACCGCAUGAAGAACAGGGACAGGGGGAUUGGGUAAGCAAUCCUUCUCAACUGGGAUCAAGAUGGAUUUGUGAGCAAAAGACACACUCAAAUGCUGAAGGACCCUCAGAACACACAAAGCUGUGCACAGGACUGACGGCUCUGCAAAACUCUAGAUGCUAUACAAGAAAAGGCAGUGCCAGUAAUGUCAGUUCGAGGUCAAUAACAGCAUCAUUGAGGGGAAAGGGGAACCUCAACCAGGAACAGCAUCCAGACUUCCCCCUUAAAGCUCUACCUGUGCGGAAGAUGUCAGCCAGUAACAGAACCGAUGCAGGAAGAAGAACUCCAGUCUUCAAGGUGUCCAAGAAUAUUAAAAAGCCCACAGCUGCUGCCCUGAAGGGUGCCAUCCAGCUGGGCAUUGGCUACGCAGUGGGAAACCUCAGCUCCAAACCUGACAGAGAUGUUCUCAUGCAAGACUUUUCUUUGGUGGAGAGUGUCUUCUUGCCAAGUGCGGGCAGUAGCCUGACUCCAGCACAUCACUACCCAGAUUUCCACCUGAAAACAUAUGCACCUCUGGCAUUCCGCUACUUCAGAGAGCUCUUUGGUAUCAAACCAGACGACUACCUGUACUCCAUCUGUAAUGAGCCUCUGAUCGAGCUGUCCAACCCCGGAGCCAGCAGUUCCUGGUUCUACCUUACAAGUGAUGAUGAGUUCAUCAUCAAGACUGUGCAGCCUAAAGAGGCAGAGUUCCUGCAGAAGCUGCUUCCUGGCUACUACAUGAACCUGAACCAGAACCCAAGGACUUUGUUGCCCAAGUUCUAUGGCCUUUACUGCAUCCAGUGUGGCGGUUUCACUGUCCGUGUGGUUGUGAUGAAUAAUGUGCUGCCACGUGCCAUCAGGAUGCACUACAAGUACGACCUGAAGGGCUCGUCGUACAAACGGCGUGCCUCGCACAAAGAACGCACCAAGUCUUCACCCACAUUCAAAGACUUGGACUUCCAGGAGCUACACGAAGGCUUGCUUUUUGAUGCGGAGACCUACAAUGCACUAAUGAAGACUCUACAGAGAGACUGCAGGGUUCUAGAGAGCUUCAAGAUCAUGGACUACAGUCUUUUGCUGGGGAUCCACGUUUUGGAUCGCAAGCUGUUCAGCAGGGAGAGCAGAUGUGACAGCAGGAAAGGACAAAAAGUUCUCUACUCGACCGCCCUCGAGUCCAUCCAGGGGACUGUGAAGGACCCAGAACCAGUGGCAAAUGACGACACAUUGGGUGGAAUUCCUGCCAAACAUAAAGAUGAAAAGCUGCUAAUCUUUUUGGGGAUCAUUGACAUCCUUCAGUCCUACAGGUUCAUUAAGAAGGUGGAACAUUCCUGGAAAGCACUUUUACAUGAUGGGGACACUGUGUCGGUUCACAGGCCCAAUUUUUAUGCGGAUAGAUUUCUGAAAUUCAUGGGCACGGUUGUAUUCAAACGCAUCCCUCACUUAAGAGGAGCCUCUUCCAAAAGGAAGAAGAAUUAUUUUGGUGCGGUUCGGUCUGCCUCUCAGGAGCUGCCUUUACCGCAGAAGGUGAAGCAAAAAGAGGAGAAGAAAGCUCAAAGCAUGGAAAACCUGGAUGUUUCCAGUUUAUCCAAGUCAGCCGAUCUUCUGCCAAGGGCUGUUGUUUCAUUCAUAUCUACUGAUGAAGAGCACCUUGAAAACAGCAGUGAAGACAGACGGGCUUCCAGUUCAACCAUCGCAUUGGAUGAUCCUUUGCCAUCCCUCACCAGAAGCCAGUCAGACACUGAACUGGAUGUCUACUUGUGAGGUGACGCGGCUGGUGGAUGCGGCCCUGGAAGCGAUGCCUUUGGAAGAGGAAGAUUUUUGAGGUUUCACUCAUGCAAUGUCAAGACAUUAGGACUUCACGGCAACGUCACCUCACAAACUACAGGCAAUAAAAUGCUCAAGACAGUGAUUUUACUUGGAAUCAAGUGGCAUCCAGUGUAUGACUACUCCACAAAGCACACAUGCAAAUACAGAUUGGGUGUAAUACAAUACAAUGCAACACAAUACAAUACAAUAUUAAAACUUUGCAAUUUCCUGUACACUUUGCUGCUAAUUGAAAAAAAUAAUUGAUUUUGUCUCAGUGGCUGGAUCACUAUGGAAAUGUUUUGUCAAUACUUAAUUUAUUUUCUGUCCUCGCAACUGUUUUCCUACUUUGACACUGCAUCCAUGCUAGCAACAACUAUGUUGUUAUCUGUUGGUGCUAAAUCAUGGUGGAUAGAUUUUACCUGCUCUGCAAGUUUUUUGACCUUCAUCACAUCCUGCUCCAUUUCUCAAAUGAAUAUAUCUUAAAACUGGAGGCUUUCGUCAAUGCGCCUUAAUUUAACUAUUUCAAAAUCAAAUGUUUUGCUGUAAUUUGGAGGCCUGUGUAAUGGGAAUACAUUUCUGUCUAAUAAAAUAUAAAUCAUAGAA